AUGGACGCCGACGUAGCAAAGAAGUGUGUGCUUGUGACGGGCGGCAGCCGCGGUAUUGGCCUGGAAGUCGUAAGGUGCCUGCUUACGGGCACCGAGGUGAUCCCAGCGAGCCGCGUUGUGUCACUCUCGCGCUCCAUUCCCGCCGAGUUGGAGGCGCUCGCACAAGAGCACCCGUCCGACCUCGUCAUCGUGCAGGGCGAUGUGACGGAUGAGACAGACACGGUGAAGGCACGCGAUGCUGCUCUCGAGCGCUGGGGCCGCCUCGAUGCUCUUGUGCUCAAUGCGGGAAUCGCAGAUCUCGUCUCAUGCGCGAACCUGACGGCGGACCGCUUCUUGCAUGUGCUGAAUGUCAACACGGUAUCGCUCGCGGUAACCGUGCGCGUGUGCCUGCCUGAGCUGCGCAAGCAGCGCGGCACCGUCGUGUUUGUGAGCAGCGGGGCGGCCGUCGGCAACUACGCCGCAUGGCCCUCGUACAAGUACCGUGAUAUCGCGUGCUUCUCAGUGCGCCCCGGCGUCGUGGACACGGACAUGCAGAGCCAGAUCCGCGCCUCAGACCAGAUGCCCGCCGAGGCGCAGGCCAAGUUCCUGACCCUGUACAAGGAGGGCAAGCUCCUCCCGGCCCGCAAGCCGGCGCAUGUGCUCGCGGCCCUCUCUGUGCUGGGCUCGCGCACCUCGCCACAGCUAGACACGGGCAACUGCCCCGGCGCUGACGGCACCUUUGUGUCGUGGGACGAUGCCGCCUUUGCCACUCUGCAGGCUCCGUAG